GGGCCCUGUACGAUCGUCCGGGCGCUAACGAACCGGGGCUGUCGGGGUGGGGGCGGUGCCAGCUUUUCCCUCGACCCCGCAGGGCUGCGCUGAGCGGCCCCUCUCCUCCCUCCCUCCGCUGCGGCCGCCCCCUGUGUGGCGCCGCCCCUGAGGGCCGCGGGCCUCAGGCGGUGGCGGUAGCCGCUCGAAUAGCGCCAAGUACAGCGGCUGUCGCUGUGCAGGUGUCCUAGCAGCGGAUAGCCACGGCCAGAGCGAGCGCAGCGGGUGUGCGUGGCGGCUGUCUGCCAGCCUUCCAGCGGGGGCUGCCGCCGUGGGCUGGCACGGCGUGAACGCCGGGCACCUCGGCUGCCGGGGAAAGCUAGGCUGAAGAACAAUGGCUUCCUUCAGCAACCUGACUAUUGGUGUUGCUGUUGCCAGUUUUACUGUGUUUCAGCUCCUGUUCCAUGUUUUAAGCUCUUGGGUGUCAGCACGAAUAACACCUGGUUUUAACAGCCUCAGCCCCAAAAGGAAGAUUGAAUGGAACUCCAGGACAGUGUCCACAUUCCAUGCCUUGGUAGUUGGUGGCUUUUGCCUUUAUAUUUUGUUGUACGAUGAUGCCGUUAAUGCUGAUCGACUCUGGGGGGACCCUUCAACUGUGAAACUGAACAUUGCUAUUACCACAGGAUACCUCAUUUCUGAUUUAUUGCUUAUUAUUUACUACUGGAAGGCAAUUGGUGACAAAUUUUUUGUACUCCAUCACUUGGCAGCUCUGUAUGCUUACUAUUUUGUACUGAGCAGAGGUCUGUUGGCUUACUUUGGGAACUUCCGUCUGCUGGCAGAGUUCUCGACUCCUUUUGUCAAUCAGCGGUGGUUUUUUGAAGUACUGGGAUAUCCUAAAUCUUCAAAGGCCAACAUCAUCAAUGGUGUGCUGAUGACAGUUGUGUUCUUUGUGGUGAGGAUUGCUGUCAUGCCUGUAUAUUACAGCCAUGUCAUUUCUUCAUUUGGAACAGAGGCUUUCCAGAGAUUAGGAUUUGCAGCUCAGAGUGCCUGGAUUAUCUCAAGCGUUUCCUUGGAUGUUAUGAAUGUCAUGUGGAUGGUCAAAAUUGCAAAAGGUUGCCAAAAAGUCAUUUGUCUUAUUGGACAAGAGGAAGCCAAAACUGAUAGAAAUGGCAAAUCCGACUAGAAGCAUGUGCAUCCCCUGGCACUCCUGCCAUGAGCGCCGCCCCAGCUGGGCCAAGCAGUGCACAUGUCUGUCCUGGAAUGCUCCUUUGACAGAAGCAAGCUGUGACUUCUCUGCUGGCCUGUCUCUCUCCCUAGCCACACUGCCUGUACACCCAGGGCCAUGCUCUACAGAUCCUGUCUGCUGAGGAAUGACAGCAAAAGCUCACACCACCCAGUGCCACCUGUCUGCUCGAAGCAGCUGCAAGGUGCUGAAAUGAGAAAUCAGCAGAUUGGUUACUUGCUUCUUGUCCACCAGUGUGUUCCAAGUGUCUCACUCAGGUUUCUCAGAUUCAAGUGUUUUAUAAACCCAGUGAAUACCAACACCACUCUUUUUUUAGAAGACAAAAGUCCUCCUCGGAUUUCUGGUACAGUGCAAUUUUCCUGGCACGUUUCUGUGCUUUCUUCUAGGAGUAAAAAAAAUCAAAGUUUUCAUUCUUGGCAAUUUUUUAAUUUGUAAGAAAACCUAAAAAUUUAGCUUUGAUUCUCUGAAAUCUAACUGCGUUUUUGCUCGACCUUCUAUGAAUGCAAACAACGUUGGGAAACGUAUAAAAUAGUGUUAUCUAAAAUGCUAUAUUAUAACGGUACAGGAUAGCUUAAAAUUGUGAGAAUUCUCUGAUUUUUGAUGAGAAGGAUUAACUUUUGCCAUGUUAGGUUACUUACAAGAGUCCAUCUUCUGAAUUGCCUGUGAAAUUGGUUUCAUGGUAUGGUAAAUGAUGUGUGGAAACAGCAUAAUUCCUACUGGAGUGCUUUUUCCUGCUUUGCUGCUGCUAUCUUUGGGAAGUGCUGCAUCUCUCCUCAGAGUAUUUUUAACCAUUGUGUAUUUGUAGGAGAAGAGAUAAAAGUCUUUAUGGGUGAGGUGUAACUGAGAGUGAUAUUUUUUUUCUCUUUUAUCACAGAAAUGACCCAUUUGGUAGGAAACAUUGAGGCUUUAUGUCACAUUUUUCCUGCUAAUCACAUAACUGUGCCAAGCUGUGGUAAAGCUGCCUGGGAGCUCUGUAGCAUGAUACAUCACUUCUGCAGGCACAGCAUCAUAUCUUUGUUCUUUUAAACCCACAUUUAUGUCCAGAGGUGAAAGGCUUGGAGGGCAUCAGAGGGGAAUCAUACCAUCUGGGAUAGUCUGUGAUUCUACGAUUUUUAACACAACUGGAGGGAAUUCUGGGGUUUAGUUUAUUUAUACAUUAUUUGUGUGUAGCUUGGUUUUGUUUUGCUUACUUUAAAUCAUAGUUUAGUUCUCCGGGUGAAAUGAUUUCAGGCAGUAUUGUUUGGGUGAGUGUCAUAGGCACUUAUGCAAGCGUGGUUCUACCUUUUAUCUGGGCAGGCUUUUUUCCAAAAAGGUUUUCCAAUCCUGCCUUGUUAAGGGAGGUCUAAAGGAUUGUUAAUACCUCCCUUUUUUUUUUUUUCUUAAUUCUGUGCAUAUUAAAACUUUACGAGCCUUCAGACAAAAGAUCUGUUUAUGCCCUAGGAAAGUAAGCAACUAAUCUGUUCAGCUCUUUGCUGUGAGUGAGCUUAGGACAUUAUUUGGGUAAGUUUGUUUUCCAAGAGUUGAUCCUGUGACCUGCUUUGCUGAAGGAAAUGGACUCCCUUUUAUAUCUGCAGAACCUGGCAUCAAAAAUAGGGAUUUCAGUGCAAAAUCUGGGCUACAGACAAAGGCUUCAUGUUUCUAUCACCUUUAUGUUUUAAAGGAAUGCCUUACUUUUAUUUUCUGCUUUUUAAGUCACUACAUCAGGGAAUAAUUCUGUAAUAGUUUGUUGCUUUCUAAAAUACGUUUUAACUCCAGUCAGUUCAAAUAUUUUGGAGAAUAAAUGCAGAAGUCUGGAUUUUUUAUUCAGGAAGUAGAAUUAGUAAGAUGAUUUGGAACAACUCAUAAGGGGAUAACUCAGGAUAAAUUUGAAAUUCACCUCUUCCUGCCUACUCUGAUGUUUCAGUGUGUGAUUUUUUUCCUUGUCAAUGGAGAGCAUUCAUUAAAAUGGUCCAUUUCCAUCACUUCUGCAUAAACUUGUGUCUGAUGAAAGCACCCCACAACAGAAGUAAUUCAAACUAUACUGAAAUCAUGGUAAAAAUAAACAGAAAACCCCUUCACUAGUAUGCUCUGGGCAGCAAUCCAGACUGGAAGUGCAGUGGAAUAAUUAUUUUAAAUAUUUUGGAUUGCUGUACUGAAUUAGUGUAAUUCAUACAAUAUUUUACAAUGUGUUAGGUUUAAAAUCUCUUAUUUAAAAAUGUAUUAUAUUCUGAUGCAUUUACUGUGUGUCAGAAGACAACUUUGUAAUAAAAAAAAAUAUUACCACUUGUGUAUUUGGCAAGGACUACAGAAAAGAGGCUGUUGUGAUGUACCAAAUACAUUAGUACAGGACACUUUUUACCUGCCAUUAAAAGCUUAUAAUACAGCAAAUUAGAUAGCUGCAGCACCUGUUUUUCAAUUGCACUUUGUUGUAUUAAAACUGUGGUGAAAUAUUGAUGAAAUAAAGCCCCCAUGGCUUUACUGUUUUACUUUUUCAUCAAAAGCUGAAGAAAUACCACUUUCAGAACUGCAUCAGGGGAAUGGUAGGUCAAGAUUUGCUUUGGUGAUUGUUUUGUGGAUACAGCACUUGCAGAGAGGAAAUGUGCUUGCAGUUACUCAUAGCCUUCGUUCCAGUGGAUUGCAGUGGAGAGCCUUACACACAGAGAUGCUUUAUGGGUUGUGUGCAUUUGUCAGUAUUAAGAUCUACAUCUCUGAAAAUUACUCUGGCUCUAUAAGUGUUUGUGAUGUUGUGUGAGCUCAAUAAUUUGAUAAUUUAAUUGCUCAAAACCCAGAAUCUGUUGACUAGUGAGGAACAUCCUGUGUGCAGGAAAAGGAGAGCUGAGUUUAUAUAUAAAUGUUAAAUUCCAAAUUGGGUAUUCAGAUAUAUUACAAAUUAAUUACAGCCUGGAAUGUAAUUACUGCCAUCUUUAAUUAAAUGAUAGGAGAAAGAUUACUUGUACUUACAGUAGAACUAAAACCUAAAAGCUUAGACAAAUGGGCAAAGUGAGGAUGAUCAGAGGGCUGGAGCUGCUCUGCUAUGAAGACAGGCUGAGAGAGCUGGGGUUGUUCAGUCUGGAGACAAGAAGGCUCUGAGGAGACUUUUUUGUGGCCUUUCAGUAUCUGAAGGAGGCUACAAGAAAACUGGGGAGGGACUUGUUGGUAAUGAUUGGACUGGGAGGAAUGCAUCCAAGCUAGAGGAGGGUGGAUUUAGCUUGCAUGUUAGGAAGAAGUUCUGCAUGAGAGUGGUGAGACACUGGCAGAGGUUGCUGAGGGAGAUGGUGGAAGCCUCAUCCCUGGAUGUUUUUAAGGCCAGGCUGGAUGUGGCUGUGGGCAGCCUGAUCUAGUGUGAGGUGUCCCUGCCCAUGGCAGGGGGGUUGGAACUGGAUGAUUCUUGGGGUGUAUUCCAGCCCUGACAGUUCUGUAAUUCUGUGAAAUGCCAUCAAGCAGGCUUCGAGAGGAAAGGUGGAGGAGACUUUGAGAACUUAAGUACAGAGAUCCAGAUGUCAGCCUACUGCUGUGACUGGGACAACAUCAGAGCAACACAUAGGAGAAAGGUUUAUAAGUAUUUCUGUAACUCUGUUCCCCGUAGAAAAUGAAGGCUUACUUUCAAAAAAGUCUCCAGUUGUAUAAAAUAGGUUAUUAGAAAUAGGUUGUCAGAUGUUUGCAGCAUGAAGAGGACUUGGGUACAAGUAUCUAUACCUACAAACUUUAUGUAAAAGAUAACUUAAUACAAAGUUUGUAAAAUGACUUUGUGCUGCUUCUGCAGAGCCAUUCAGAGGAAAACAAAGAACAGUUGGACAAUUACUCCACCUUAAGAUGUGCUGACAUAUUGACUGCUGGUGAAAGCCAUCAAUGAAAUUAAUAGAAAGGGAUUAGGAUUUCAGAUUUUAAAAAUACAAAUGUAGAAGACCUUGAAAAGUAUGGGCAAGCCUCUUUAAUAUUUUUAAAACCCUACUGUACAAUGUUGUUUUUUGGCUAUGAGGAACUUCAUGAGGAAGAAUUUGUUCUUAGUGGAGUUUCUCUAUGGAGCGUAUUUGACAGCUGGAAAGAGAAGAGUACCUAAUUGCUGAGAUCUUGACAACAGUCAAAUGGAAAUAGUGAUCAAUAUUUAUGAACUUUAUCAUUCAUCCAAACCCAGAUAAAAUCUCUUUGGUGGACAGGUGAAGGGCUUAAGGUUUUCUGAAAGCAACUCCAAAGUUCUUGUUGUGGCAGAGAAGAUGAAAGAUGUGCUGUUUGGAGUGUUGAGAGGUCUGGGAUUAUACAGCGAAUCAUACUCUUAGGUGGUAAUGCUUGGUAAGAUUUCUUAGCCACUAUGAAUUUCUACCAGCUACCUCCUUUGGUGUUCUUGCUCUAUUUGUAAUAACCAAGCACUUUAUAGCUUGGGACAAAGUGCAAGGUAGCUAUGAAGAAUAAUAGAUUUAUUGUUUGGUAUAAGAAAUAUUUUGUUGAAACUUCUGAGAAUGCCUGAAGGGGCAUUGUAGCCAGGUGGGGGGUGGCCUCUUCUCCCAGGCAACCAGCAAUAGAACAAGGGGACACAGUCUCAAGUUGUGCCAGGGUAGGUAUAGGCUGGAUGUUAGGAAGAAGUUCUUCACAGAGAGAGUGAUUUCCCAUUGGAAUGGGCUGCCCAGGGAGGUGGUGGAGGCACCAUCCCUGGGGGUCUUCAAGAAAAGACUGGAUGAGGCACUUAGUGCCAUGGUCUAGUUGAUUGGAUAGGGCUGGGUGAUAGGUUGGACUGGAUGAUCUUGGAGGUCUCUUCCAACCUGGUUGAUUCUAUGAUUCUAUGAGAUCACUUUCAUCACGUGAUGUCCUGCACUGAAGAGGGCUUCUGAUAAUAACUCUGUAUAUCAACCUUUAAUCUACCUGUAAAAGGAAAUGUCGUUAAGGCAGGAAAUUCUGAAGAGUUCAGCAUGACUUGGUAUCAAGCAUGCAAUGAUUCCAUGUACUAUUUAUAACAUUCUAUUUACUGAAAUUGAAAAUAUGAAAGCAAGUAAAAUGUUCUGCAGUGUAUCUUUAUUUCUCAUCUAUGUGUGGGAUGUCAGCCAUUGUCUUGUUGGCAGGACAUGCUUUUAUGAGCCUGUAAAUGUUUAAUGAUAGAAGAAUCUGCACCCAAGCGGAACAUGUUGCAUGUAAAUUGUCUUCCAAGUUUCUAAAUGUUGGUAUUUUUUCAAAUGUGCUGGGUCUGAAUGCAAAAGUUUCAUACAAAUACAGGCAACACAGGACAGACUGCUGUGAAUGCAGUGCAGAACAGAUUGGGUUUGCUUAUUGUAACUAUCCCACUUUCACAAGAGGAAAGGGCUAAUCAUGAGUUUGACUCUCUAAUUUGCACACUUAAUUAAUAUGCACGCAUCUGAACAGCCUGGGUUUGUUUCUAGCAUGCAUGUACCAAACAGUGACAGGUUCCUAUACAGAGAACAAGUUAACACGUAAGCAGAACUAACAUCACAGAAAACCAAGCUGCAAAAACCUGUUGCGAGCAAAUGAACUAGGCAGAAGGAACAGAGCCUCCAGUUAAAAUCAGUUUAAGAAGAAACUUGAUCUGUAUAUCUAACUUAGGUGUAAAUUUUGCUAGACUAGAAAUUUGUAAAUUUGCUAGACAGAAAUUGUAAAUUUUGCUUGACUGAUUUCUGGUAAAUCUUGACAAUCUGGUUUGGAGUAAAGACUAACAUUGUCACACAACCUCUGGAUCACAACAUUCCCUUCAAAUAGGGAUGUGGCUUGACUGUAGCAAUCAGCAAUCCUUACCCACUGCACAAGAACUUCGAAAUGCAAUACAACAGUUCUGCAGAUUGGUGAUGAAAGGAAUCAAUUGUUGUAAGGUGAAUGAUUUGAGUUUUAUGGGAUUAAAUUUACUUAUUAAAAUCAUAAUUAUUUGUUUGCAUUUCAGUGAUACUGCAAAGCAUUUCUGUGUUUUGUUUGAACAAUUUAGAAGCUUGCAUAAAAUGGUAUUGACUUUUUUUUUCCCCUUUGAUAUAUGCAAUAAUGUCAAUAAGCAAUAAAUUGCAUGUUGUAUGCAAGGUAUUGGUACUUCAUAAUAAAGGAAAGGAAGACAGAA